GCGCUGCCCGGGGACCAGCCUGCGCGGCCCGGCGGCUGGCGCGGCGGCCUAGCCAUGUCGGCCGAGGACGUGGUGCAGAUCCGCCUGGACGACCGCUGCUACCCGGUGAGCAAGAGCAAGCUAAUCGAGCACAGCGACUACUUCCGCGCGCUCUACCGCUCCGGCAUGCGCGAGGCCGCGCGGCCCGAGGCGGGCCCCGAGGUGCAGCAGCUGCGCGGCCUGAGCGCGCCCGGCCUGCGCCUGGUGCUGGACUUCAUCAACGCGGCCGAGGGCUGGGGCCUGGGCGAGGCCGAGCUGACCGAGGCCAGCGUGCUGGGCGAGCUGGUGGAGGCCGCGUCCUUCCUGCAGGUCACCGCGCUGCUGCGCCGGCUGCUGUCGCACGUGCGCCUCGGCAACUGCCUGGAGCUGUACCGCCUGGCGCAGGUGUACGGGCUGCCCGAGCUGCGGGACGCCUGCCUGCGCUGCAUGGCGCGGCGCUUCCACCAGGUGCUCAGCCAGCCGCACUUCCCGCCGCCGCUGGCGCCGCCGCUGAGGGAGGCCCGCCUGCGCGGGGCCCCGGUCCUGGUGGCCCUGGGGGACUUCCUCGGGGGGCCCCUGGCCCCGCACCCCUAUCAGGGGGAGCCCCCGUCCAUGCUGAGGUACGAGGAGAGCACGGAGCGCUGGUUCCCGCUGGCCAGCAACCUGCCCCCCGACCUGGUGAACGUCCGGGGCUACGGCUCCGCCAUCCUGGACAACUACCUGUUCAUCGUGGGCGGCUACAGGAUCACCAGCCAGGAGAUCGCCGCCGCGCACUCCUACAACCCCACCGCCAACGAGUGGCUGCAGGUGGCCUCCAUGAACCAGAAGCGCUCCAACUUCAAGCUGGUGGCUGUGAGCGCGAAGCUGUACGCCAUCGGCGGCCAGGCCGUGUCCAACGUGGAGUGCUACAGCCCCGAGCAGGACGCCUGGAACUUCGUGGCUCCGCUGCCCAGUCCCCUGGCCGAGUUCUCGGCCUGCGAGUGCAAGGGGAAGAUCUACGUCAUCGGCGGCUACACCACCCGGGACCGCAACAUGGACGUCCUGCAGUACUGCCCCUCCGCCGACCUCUGGACGCGCGUUGAGACCUGCCACGUGCACUUCCGCAAGCAGCAGAUGCUGUCGGUGGAGGACACCAUCUUCCUGGUGGGCGGCUGCCUGCACGAGCCGGGGCCCAGCCGCAGGGGCGGCCCGGACACACUCACCGUGCGCUCCUACAACACGGCCACGCGCCGCUGGCUCUGCCUCAAGGAGAACACGUCCAAGUCGGGGCUGAACCUGACGUGUGCGCUGCACAAUGACGGCCUGUACAUCAUGAGCAGGGACGUGACCCUGUCCACCAGCCUGGAGCACCGCGUGUUCCUCAAGUACAACAUCUUCGAGGGCAGCUGGGAGGCCUUCCGGCGCUUCCCCGCCUUCGGGCACAACUUGUUGCUCUCCUCCCUCUACCUGCCCAACCCGGCAGAGACCUGAGCAGCAGGCAGAGACAGCCCGGGUCAACGUGAAGGAGGCCAGACCCUUGCCACAGACUCCGGGAGGGACCUGGCAGAGGUCACGUGUGUGGGCUCAGCUGUAAGGAAGCCUCCUCGAACUAAGGACUUGAAAACUCGGGCAAAGAGACCAGCACUCUUCCUCCUACCCUGUCCUUCACGUCGUGGGAACAAAGGUCAUGACAAGCCCCUCAGGCCUCAGCCGCCUUGAGAAGGUAGCCAGGGCCACCGGGGCAGGGCGCUGGCGGCGCUGACAGGCAGCAGUGAUGGCUUUGUUUUUCUGGCUGCGAGUGGAGUCCAGGCCUCGUGCUAGGCCAGUAAAACAGGCUGUUUCUUCAGGUCACCUGAGAUGGCAUCAGUAGAGAUUUUCCUUUUCGUGAUCUUGACAAGCCUUAGGGUCCACCUUCUCACCCCUGCAGCCACGCUCGUCACCCGUCUCUCUGGUCAGGCACUUUAUGAUAUGUUUGUGUUCACAGACCCUUACAGUGUGUCCAGCCUCUGACAUUUAGAAAUUACAUUACCAUCUGUAAGGUUUGGGCACGGCUGAGUUACCUUAAAAGCAGCCCAACUCUUAAUGUUUUAAGCAAGCUCUGUAGGUUGUGCUGGCUGCACUCAUCGCUCCCCGGGGCCGCGGCUACAGUGCCUUACCUGCUCGGGGACAGAGCCAGACAGAGCCCCAGCAGCAGCCGGGCCACCAAAACACGAGGACUGCGCCUUCUCAGCCGCUUCUCCCAUCCUCUCGCACUUGGGGGUGCUGUGUGGGUGGACCCGGGACCCCAUGGCGUAGGCAGCAGGUGCAGGGCGACACGGGCUGCUGAAGCUGCCCCGUGAGGUCUUUGUCUUUUGACCAUUGCUGUAAACAUUUUGCAAAUUGAGUCUUAAGUGGGGGAAGCACCAAAUUUAGGAAAUGCCUUUAUGAGUUGCUUUUCCUGAACGUGUUUGGCUUGGUUCUUGUCUCAUGAUUUACAAAACAGAACAAACAACUUGUGCACGUUUAGACGAGGAUAGGCGUGCAGCGUGCUGUGCCUUUCUGUGGGAAGGGUGGCUGCAGCUCCUGUGUGCUAGGAGGCUGGGAAAGCUCUUUCCAGCCGUGGAAUGACCUGUGCUGCCAUUGCUGAGGUGAGGUGAGGCGCUGGCCUCACGGCUCUCACGCCAGCAGCGGCGAACAGCUCGAGAGAUUUCACCAAGUCAGUUCACAGUGACUAGAAACAGCCGCCAGGCAGGGCUCGGGGCUCCUUGAAAAGCUCGAGGGCCCACUCCGUGUGCGAGAGCCGUAAUGGCCGGCACCUACUGCGGCAGCAACCCUGCCCCCUCAGGAGUUCAGUGAAGAGCGUUUGCCACAGCAGCUGCAGUGUGGGGCAGCCGGCUAGGAGAGCCAACCGCGUGGCAGAGCCUCUCAGUCACAGCCCCCUGUAUUUAAGGAGGUCACAGCAGAAGGAAGACACAGGCAGUCCGUUCCCAGCACAGCUGCGCGCCUGGUCGCGGGAGAGGAGUCCCGUCAGGCCCCUGUUAAGCCAGGCCUCUGAGACAGCGGUAGAGCCUAGUUACAGAGCUCUGUUUGCGCAGCUGUUGACAGGUUCGUUAGCCGUUAUUGGAGACAUGCUGGCAGUUCCUGGUGUCUUGUCACCAAAUCUACCGGUAGCCGUCCAGCUAGAAACCUGCUUAUAACACUCUGGAAGCUUGGGCCACGUCUGUUUCACUCCUUUUUUUUUUUUUUUUUUUUUUUAGACAGGGUACUGCCUUACAAUCCAGGAUAACCCUAAACCCGGGAUUCUCACUCAGCAUCCUAAGUGCUGGGAUUGGAGGCCUCCCGCCACCGUGCCUGCCUUUAUUUAUUAUUUUUAAAAUUGUUUUCCUGGAUUCUUUUCAAAAAAACAAAAACUCUGAGCUGAAAUCUUCACCAAAAAAUGGUACUUAUAGAUUUAAUUUAUAUUCACUGUAGAAAUGAAUUUUGGGAGCCUGUAAUUUCAUUACUGCACUUUCAAAUCUAAAUUGUUUGUUGCUGUGGGUCUUCAUUUCCUGCAGCGUAGUUCGGAGUAUUCAGAGGAGACUGGCGGCUGAAUUGGCAGUGCAUGAAGAUGGGCAGUUAUCUUGUGAAAAGCCACAUCUUGAAAGUACAGUACUGUCAACCAGUCCGUUAGUCCUCCUGAUGGCCACCUUUGGCCUAUUUCCUAAUGCCAGCGACUUGGUUCUGGACCAAAUGAAGCUGUAGCAUGGUCACCCACAGAGCAUUUGUCCACCCCAGCCCCACCCCUUCCCAGCCCUCCCCGGCCCUCCCCACCCUCCCCAGCCCUCCCAGGCCCUCCCCACCCUCCCCAGCCCUCCCCAGCACUCCCCACCCAGGUUCGACCUGCUGCCUUGUUCAGUGCUGGGUUUGAGGCAUGGCCGCCUGGACUCCAGCAGAACUGUGCCCAUCUGGCUGCCAGCUGGGUUUGAUGACGUCUGCCUGUGCCCUUCACCCGCGUGGGCAUUUAGUUCUGCUGGUGACUCCGGCUGAGAUGAAGGACCCCAAGCCUCCUCCAGGCAGCUCCCUGUGUGCGGCUGCCUUUGUGGUCUCUUCCCCUCCCCUGCCGCCUCGCCGUCCCAGGCGCUGCUGCGGGGUUCCGAGCCCCACUGUGUGGCGGAAGUGCCGGCAGGGGCUGCCUGCGGGAUUCGUGGACUUCGGGCGUGGGCGGCGAGUGGGCAGCGUGCGGUGUGGGCUGGAGGCCUGCUUCCUGGCUCCGGCACCCCUCCCUCAGGACGCUGUGCCCCGCGGCCUGGGAGGGUUCCGGGAUCGCCAGAGAACCUGGACGUCUGGGCCCGGCAGGAACCUCCGAAGGCCUGAGUCAGCGGAAACCAAAGAGACUGUGCCCGAGCCUUCUGUUCCUUGUCCCUAAAGCCUCGAACCCAAGCAGUUCGAAAUGCCUUAGAUCCCCACCCACUCCGGGUGGGGAAGCGGUCUCCUGAGGGAGGACAGGAGCUCGUUACCGUUCGGUAAAAGCUGUGUGAGCGCCAGGCUGUGCUCUGCAGUCUCCAGGCCAAAGGGGGAAGAGGGUCCUGCUGUCCUCGUCCCCGUCCCGGGAGCGGAGCGGGCCCGCCGAGUGGGGAGGCUGGGGUGGCGCCGCCCCUCUGUGCCAGGUUUGCCCUGCCAGCCCGCCAGAGGGAAGGGAGUGCGGCCCCCGCCCCGUCCCACGGACAGGCUGGCGUGAAGGGCGGCGUCAUCACCGCAUGACGAAGCAGUGAGCCGCAGCCGCUCCGCUCCGCUCCGCGGUGACAGACACUGUCAGGGCCGCGCCGGCCCCCUGGCCGAGCCGCUUCCCUGGGACGCAGUCUCGUCUCGCCGGGGCGCUGGCAGCGUGGCCGCUGCAGCCAGGCUCCCGGCUCGGUCUGCUGGCCUCCUGCACCGUGGCGCUCUCUGCCCGCUGCUUCAUGUGGGCGUGCCCCGGGCCAGUUUGCCCUCGCGUCUGAGGGUUGAGUUUUUCACUUUCUUACAGGUUUACUGUUUCUAUAAGCCUUGCACUUCUCAGUGUGGGAAACACACACGAUGUGCAGUUAGCACUGAGCACCGGAGCCAGGCUGGGGCUAGUGAAGAAGGGCGGCAGCGGGAAGGGCUCGGAGGAGCCAGCUCAGCGCUGGCACACUUAGGCCCCUGCUUUAGGGCAUUCCCGAGAACUCAGCUGUGCCCUCGGACACCUUGUCCGCUGACCCUGCUGAGUUUGCCUUGAGGGUGAUUAUUGAGCCGUUUAGUGCACACGUUUGCCCUUCACUUUCUUCGGUUGGUUUGGGAACACAGCAGGAGACACACGGUGACCGCUGGCUGCCUGUGUGGCAUGGCCACGUCUACCCGUUCCUGCAGGAAGCAGUGAGGUGUGAACAGGGACGCUGUGAAGGGCAGGGGCUUCCGAGGUGAGGCGUGAACAGGGAGGGACGCUGUGAAGGGCCGGGCUUCCUCCGGGCUGGCUGGCGCUCUCACCGCUUGUCAGUGGUGACAUGAAGGGAAAUGUGUGUCACCUCAGGGUAGGUGUGCCACUGUCCUGCCGCGUUGCUUACCUAGCUCUGUUCUUAUAGAGAAGGAUGAUCUUCAAGGUGUGUUCUUUGUCUGAAGAUUGUACUGAGUCUGUAGUUUGGAGUGUGGCAGAAACACACAUGUCACAUAGCGUGUCACAUUGUCACACACCAGUGUUUAAGCGCCUCACACCUGUAAGCCUUGGCGCUGCGUCGUUUUGUUUCUUUGGACUGUGAACUGUCUUCAAAUAAAGUAGUUCUCAGCCGGUU